AUGUCUGAUUCAGACCAUUCAGAACACAGUGACGCCGAUACUCGCAAAUCCUCUGCUGGUACUGGUAACUCUGCCCAGCCCAAGACGCUCCGAGGUUCCAAAACGGAAUUUCAUCCCGCUCUUGCCGUCUCUAAUAUUAGGAACCACAUUCCUAUUAUUCUUGAGAUGGAAAAAGAUCAAUAUGGAACCUGGGCCGAACUUUUCCGUAUUCAUGCUCGCUCACAUCGAGUCCUGCAUCACAUUGUCCCAUCUACCGGAAAAGAGCCACCAGCUGUUACCGACACCAAACAUGAACAAUGGUCCACUCUUAAUGCCACCGUUCUUCAGUGGAUUUAUUCCACUAUUUCUACUGAUUUGCUGACCACUAUUCUGGAACCCAACUCCACUGCAAUGGAAGCAUGGAACCGCUUAGAAAAUAUUUUCCAGGACAACCAAAAUGCUCGAGCUGUCACUCUUGAGCAAGAGUUUUCUAACACUCGUAUGGAGGAUUUUCUCAAUGUCUCUGCUUACUGUCAGCGUCUUAAGAUGCUUUCUGAUCAGUUGAGAAAUGUCGGCUCCUCCGUCAACAAUCAUCGUCUAGUCCUUCAGUUGAUAUCUGGUCUCCCAGAAGCUUACCGCAGUGUUGCUACUUUAAUUCGCCAGAGCAACCCUCUUCCUGCAUUCUAUCAGGCUCGUUCCAUGCUCACUUUGGAAGAAGCUGGUAUGGCUAAAAUGACAUGCACAGGAUCUCAUGCUGCCAUGCACACCACUCAGCCGAGACCUACUGAAGACACCUCUCAGCGUGCCAACCGCCGCCCAAACAACCGCUCUCGCUCCCGUGGAAACCAAGGCCGCGGCGGGGGACGUGGUAACCGCAGUGCACCUCAGACUGGAGUUCCUAGUGCUCCCUCACCUUGGUCCGCUCCUCCUUGGCAACAACAACAACAGUACUCAGUCUGGCAACCAUGGGGUUGGACUCCACCACCAUGGGCUAUGCCACCGUGUCCGUAUCCCACCUCUCAGUGGACACGCCCUGCCGGUCCUCCUAAACAACCGGGCAUUCUAUGA